AAUAAACAAACUAGCAGCUUGGGGAAUCACCGUAGUUCUAAAUUUGGCGGAGUUUUCGGACAUUUAAAAUUUUAGGCGAAUAUGGUUGGCAAGUCCUCGGUUUCGGCACUAGAGGAGUAUUGUGCUAAAAAUAAAUUACCGAAACCACACUACGAAUAUAUUGACGAGGACGACGGUAGUUUUGCCUGCCAGAUUACUGUUAUGGACACGGAAGCAGAGGGUAGAGGCCGUUCUAAACGUGAUGCAAAACAUCAGGCUGCAUUUGCGGUCAUCAAACGCUUGCGGCUUACCGACAUGCCAGAUCUCGUCGAUGAUUCUGAUGUUGGCAUACCAACUACGGACGUCGUAGUUCAAUUGCGUGAUUAUUGUGUACAACAUCAAAUGCCCCUUCCAACAUUCGAAAUUGUACAACAGGCUGGCACACCAGACGCACCUGAAUUCACAGCGUUAUGUGCAGUAGCUUCUAUACGUCGCUAUGGUGUUUCGGAGAAGAAGAAGGAUGCGCGGCAAAAGGCUGCUUAUGAAAUGUUGCGUAUAAUUGUUGAUGAUGUUAACAAAUUGGAUUAUCAGAUGCAAGUAGCUACGCUUCAAAGUGCACAAGAAGAUUUGGAAGUAGAACGAUACAAAAAGUUUAAAACUUAUCGUGAAAUGACUGAAUCCACUACCGGUGAAAUGCCGGGUGUUUUACUUUGUGAUCGGCAUAAUUAUUUCAAACAAUUCUAUAGUGAAUUGAAGAAUGCAGCAUAUAAAAUACUUUCAAGUGAUGCUUAUGAAUCAGAGCAGGAAAAGGCAUUGGAUGUAUUGGAAGCGUUAAAAAUCAAACCGAAAAUUACCAAAAUGCCAACAGAUAAAGCAGAGCCUUUAUUAUUCAUCGAGUUGAACUGUGAUUUUGAUGUUGUAUUUGCUGGACCGCCGAGCAAAGUGUACCAAGAUAUUGUGGGUUACUUCAAAGUGAUGCUCUAAAGAGUAUAAUCGCUUUCCCCCACAUUUGAGCUUAUAAUUAUUUAAAUUUUUUAUUGGUUAAAAGAUAACCAUUGGCUUAGAGAACGCUUAUUGUACAAUUUAUUAAAAUAAGAAACUGAAUUUUUCUCUGAAUGUGUGUAUUAAAAGUACUGAAAUUGGUUUGAAA